AUGGGACGCAGCACCAUCUCCAGACGGGAGAGAGACGGGACGGAUUCCCUGGAGAAGGCCAAGCGGCAGAGUGGCACAAGAAGGGGCAAAAAGAGGAGAAAGAGAGGAGCGCACGCGCAGACUGGGGUUCGGGAGAGGGAUGCUGCUGGGUUGUUGGAUGAGGCAGAGGACGUUGUCGUUGUCGAUGUCGUGGUGGUGAUAAUUACAGACGCCUCGAAGGGGGAUGGCGCCGUUACAGGCCGUGUACUGUUGUCGGUACGGGACUGUAAUUCACCACAGCUUGAGGCUCAGCUGCAGCCUGCAGAGCACCGCACUCCGGGUGGGGCGCGGUUGCGGGACUAG